GUCUUCCGUAUUGUACGUCUUCAUUGCGUUGUUGGUUUGCUUGAUAGUACACACACACACACACACACACACACAGAUGAGAAGAGCGACGACUGGCGACGUGCAGCGCACCCCGGUACUGCCCAACGCCCCACCAGAGAGCUACCGCGACAGGGUGACAUCCACCGUCUCACUCGCGUCUUUGGUGUACCAGCCGUUGCCGGCAUCCGGGGCGCUGCUGCGACUUCUGCGCGGGAAGCUGUACGUCAAGCGGAAUGUGCGGACCGUUGCCGAUGUCAUUGCAGUGCCGGUGGGUGCAAGCGCAGGUGGCACGGCGGCACCUUCGUCAUCGAACUCGUUUCCUCUGAAAGUUGAAUUUCACGCGCCGUCGGCCAGCUUUUCCGCCACGGCAAUGAACGACCCGCCAGAGAAACAGCAAGGUGAUGAAGCCUCCCCACCCAACGAGGUGAAGGGCUACAUGGAAGGUGCAUGCAAGACGUGCCUGCUGGAGCCGUCUGUGCUUUCCACCGCGGAUCUGUUAUCACCUCCAGGGAACGGUGCGGGUGGUGCGGUGUUGGCACAGGCUUGCUCGCCCGUCUACAUCCUCGGUGCGGGGGUACACGACAGCGAGGUCCAGCAGGCCUUGGAGUUUGCUGUGUCGACCCGCCACCUUUCCCAAAAGGCAGCGGACCUUCUGCAGUACAUCCACCACGAACUUUCCAGCAGCGCCGGUGCGCAUACAGGAUCAAGUGGACAAGCGAAGAGGCGUGCUCCGUUUGCCGGCCCCCUCCGAGUGUGCUUCGCCACCCACAACGUGGUGCUGACCUACAGCAAUUACACGAUGCCUGAACUGCUGUCGAUGGUGCUGCCGGUGCAGGAGGAUGCCGCGGUGGUGGCCGUGAGCGGCUUUGAGCAGGUCGGCUACAUCGCCCACGUGAACCUCUCCUCUGCAAACCUGCCCUAUGCGCACGUGAUUGGUCAGGUCAUACUCGACUGCAACGACACCGUCGAUGUGGUGGUGAACAAGGCGGCCGCCAUCAGCAGCGUGUUUCGCGAGUUUAAGAUGGACAUCAUCGCGGAGCGCACCGCCGUGUUUCAGAGCAACGGCGAGAGAGCACAGGACCGCGCUCCCGCCUCUCCAUCCCUGGCCUUGACAGCGGCAGAGAAGAAGUUGCUGCUGGCGCAGGAGGCGAGCACCGACACACCGCCGCAGGAGGCACGGCUCAAUCGAAUGCUGACGACGACGGUGCGGCAGCACGGCUGCAACUUCCGCGUCCCGUACAACCGCGUUUACUGGAACUCGCGGCUGAGCUACGAGCACACGCGGCUGGUGGAGACGAUGCGGCGAGGCGACGUGCUGUUUGACGUGAUGGCCGGCGUAGGGCCCUUUGCGGUCCCCGCAGCAAAAAACGGUGUGCAGGUCUUUGCGAACGACUUAAACCCGGUUGCGGCGCAAUACAUGACGGUGAACGCGGAGCUGAACCAUUUGUCGCCCUCCUCGAUGCACGUGUACAACCUCGAUGGCCGCGAGUUCAUGAAUACGGUUCUCUUCGAGAGCGUCAUGGGCCGAACGACCAGCAGGGACGCGGCGACCGCGGAGCUGAACGGGGGCCGCCGGCACGUCACGAUGAACCUGCCUGCGAUUGCGGUGGAGUUCCUCAACGUGUUUGCGCCUCUCGCGCCGAAGACCGCCGCCGUGGAGGGCAGCUCCCGCGACGCGGCUGUGAAUGCGCGUUGGAACCGGCUCCCCGCCAACGUCGACAUCAACGCAGUCGACCGCCGCGUUUUGUUCCACGUGUAUUGCUUCUCCGCCGCGGAUGAUUUGCUGGCGGACGCGGUCGUGCAGUGUGAGCGGCACCUCGGCUACGCGCUGCCGCCGAGGAAUGUGGAGGAGGUGGUGAUGGUGCGCGAUGUUGCCCCGACGAAGCGAAUGAUGUGUGUCAGCUUCACCCUACCCGACGCCUUUUGGGCCCAUUUGGUGAGCUCGACGAGUGCUGAGACGGCCGCUGACGCGCCCGCAGCGGAGCCCGCGGUGAAGAAGGUAAAGAUGGACGGUAAUCAGUAA